CUCGCGUGCAAGCACGGGCGGGCGGCGGGCGGGCCACAGGAGCAGGCUUGGCCUCUGCGGAGCCGCCCCCUGGCCCUAGUGUCUGGCCACACACUGCCCACUCGGCACCGUCCCGGCUCCAGACUCUUUGCAGCCCAUACCGAGUGUGCUGCGCGGCCACCGGAGCCGGGACGCCGGCCCCAGCGCCCCGCAGGCGGGCGGUGGUGGAUGCGCGGGCGGGCGGAAGCCCACAGUAUGGAUUCAGACUCUGGAGAGCAGAGCGAGGGCGAGCCUGUGACUGCUGCAGGUCCUAAUGUGUUUAGCUCCAAGAGUCUUGCCCUUCAAGCCCAGAAGAAGAUCCUGAGCAAAAUAGCCAGCAAGACUGUAGCCAACAUGCUGAUUGAUGACACCAGCAGUGAAAUCUUUGAUGAGCUGUACAAAGUCACCGAAGAGCACACCCAUAACAAGAAGGAGGCCCACAAGAUCAUGAAAGACGCGAUCAAGGUGGCCAUCAAAAUCGGUAUCCUCUACCGGAACAAGCAGUUCAGUCAAGAGGAGGUUGUGACUGUGGAGAAACUCCGGAAGAAGCUGAACCAGACUGCCAUGACCAUGGUCAGUUUCUAUGAAGUAGACUACACCUUCGACACAAACGUGCUUUCUAAGCUGCUUCAUGAGUGCCAGGACCUGGUCCAUGAGCUGGUGCAGCGACAUCUGACACCCAGAAGCCAUGGCCGCAUCAACCAUGUCUUCAACCACUUCGCUGAUGUGGAGUUCCUUUCUACUCUCUAUGGUCCUCAUGGAAACUGCAGGCCCAAUCUCAAGAGGAUUUGUGAAGGAAUCAAUAAACUGUUGGAUGAGAAGAUCCUCUGACCGGCUUCUCUUCUCCUGGACUUUGCUGCUUCGAAGUUAAAACAUCCAACCUGGUCCAGUGAGAAUCAAGCAGCAACCCUUGUCUAAGAUGCUCCAGUUAUGUCCUCUUCAUCCUUCUGAUGCCGAUUCUGACCCGGACUUAGUGUGUUGACUCCCUGUGCACAGGCAUGAGGUCUCGAGUCUAAAUGAACUAUGUUUGCAAGCCCAAAGAAUAGUCAACUGUUCUAAGCAGGGAGCCUGCUUUGCUCACUACUGUGAGCCCAGUUCAUCUUAAAGUAGAAGGCAUCCUGGAUUAGGACACAGAAGACACCGGCUUAGAUAUCAGCCCUGCCACUAUGAACUCUUAUCUUCUGUGUUCUGUAGACGUGAUGCUUCCUGACUACCUCACAGGGCUGUUGUGGGGACUGAACGGGGCAGCUCACAUGCACCGUUUUGUGAAACCGAGACCAGUGACUGUAUAUAAUAAAUAGAUGGGGUAUUAACUAUUCAUAAUUGAUGUGUUUGCUUGUUGUCAGUUGUCAUGGCAUAUUUAAUAAUCACAGUACCAGAGAGGCUGGGGUAUGAGAACUAUGAUUUUUUUUUUGAUAGUCUGAACCACAGAAUAGGGUUGAGGUAAACCUGGCCUAUAUAGGAAACUCUGAGGAAAUGAAAAUGGAAAAGGGGGGAAAGGAGGGAAAAAAAUAGAAGAAAAGGAAAAGUUCUUUGCCACCUUUGAGAGAAAUGAGAGUCAAGGUGACGUUGUCCCUUUACUCUGCACGUGGACUGAGGACACCUGUCCAGGGCCACAGCGGUGACUCUCGGUUCAGGAAGAGCAGUGCUUUCGUUAUUUCCUGGUUUCGUCUCCAGCUACAUCUGUUCAAUAGCCAUUCCACUUCUCAGGCUGCGUGGACUCACUUCCUCACACGUCUCCUCCUUUCAUUUCAAAGUCUUACGUGAGAAAUGUUCUGUUUGGAUGAGUAGUUUUCUGUUUCCCUAAUGAGAUGAUGAGUUCUGUUUUGUGGGGUGUGAGGGUUCUGCACUAAAAUUUUAUUUAUAAUUGGGCUGUAAUAUUUCUAAGGCUCUGUUGUGGUGUAAAGCUUCAGUAGAUGUAUAUAUUGUAUUAUCAAAUCGGUGUAAUUAGCAUAUCUAUCAUAAAUAUUUAUUUUUCCUGGCAGGAUUAUUCGGAACCCCCUCCUCUAGCUAUUUAGUAAUAUGGAGCACAUUAUUAUUAGCUCUAACGACCCUAUUAUGAGACCGAACAGUAGAGUUUUCCUACGUAGAUGUAACUGUCAGCUUCUCACAUCUCUUUCCUUCUCCCCUUCUCACUCUGUAGUAACUGACGUUCUACUUUUCAUUUCUUAGAGAUCAACUUCUGAAGUAUCUCAUGUUUGUGAAUUACACAAUGUUUGUUCAAUGUCUGUCUCACUUCACUUCACAUAAAGUUUUGUGAUUGUAUCCAUAUUGCUGCAAAUGUCAGAAUUUUUUUUUACAAUAAAAAAAACAUUCUGUUCUGUUCAAA